AUCCGAGUUCGGUAGUAACGGUCAGGAACUGAAGCUGUAAAAAUGGCGACACCCACGUUGUUUCAUCGUCAUCAACACUCAUCACACUUUUCUCACUUCACAAACACAGAUUACAAACACUGUCAUAAUCAUGCUCCCAACGCCGACUCCAUGACACUGUUCCAAACCCAACCAUGCAAUCGCAAACUCUCUCACUCUUUUCAUUUCUCAUGUUCCUCUGCGCCGCGGUGCACGGCUUCGGUGCCAUGGGCCCAAUCUCCGCCUCCUUCGGGGACAGCCAGGUUUUCUGCGCCAUCGACGCCAGCGGCAAGCAAGACGUCAUAUGUUGGGGGAACAACGCCACCUCGCCGUCGUUAUCCGCCGUCUCCGCCGCCCUCCCCGCCAUGGCAGCGCUCUCCGGCGGGGACGGCUUUCUCUGCGGGAUUUUGGCCAACACCUCGCAGCCUUAUUGCUGGGGCGCUACCACGAAACCCAGCGCAGAUCUUGUUCUCGUGCCGCCGGCGUACCGGAACACCGCCUACUCCCGCAUCGCCGCCGGAAACCGCCACGUGUGCGCCGUCCAGGGGUACUACUACGCCGAUCGCGAUUCCGGCGCCGUGGAUUGCUGGGAAAUCAGGAAAACCGAAAACGGCACGUUAGAGGCGAUGCAUAGUGACUUGUUUUUGGACCUGUCAGUGACGAAGCUUGAAGUGAAGACGGUUGUUUCCGGCGAGGGGUUCACCUGCGGUGAAGUCAAAGAUAGUGGACUUACCUGUUGGGGACCCACUUCGAGGAAUUUGGGUGUUUCAAAUGUUUCCAAUGGUUUCGCGGCCUUGGCGGCGAGUCGGAGCGCCGUGUGCGGCGUUUUCAACUUUUCCGGCGAGUUGAAGUGCUGGGGCGACCCGGGUUCGUUUUUGGAUCCUCCGGUUCAGGUUCCGUUGGUUUCUCUAUCGGCUGGGGCUAGGCACUUUUGUGGAGUUAGAAUGGAUAGCCACGAAGUGGAGUGUUGGGGUGAUUUGAAUUCCUCGGUGGUUCCGAAAGGAAAUGGUUUCAUGGCUAUUGCUUCUUCGGAUUUCACCACGUGCGGGAUCAGGGAGGAUGAUCUUCUGUUGGAUUGUUGGUUGGUGAAUGCUUCAAAACCUGAUUUUGAUCCUCCUUUGGAGCUUUCUAGUCCUGGUUUGUGCAGGGCUAGUUCUUGUGGGGCUGGUGAGUUUGCUUUCAAUGUGAGUGUGCUUAACGAGAUUGCUUUGACGAGCCUUUGUGUUCGAGAGGAUUUGAGGAUUUGUUCGCCUUGUGGGUCGAAUUGUUCCAAAGGGUUUUUCUUGUCUAGUGAAUGUACUAGGAAUGCUGAUAGAGUUUGCACUGCUUGUUCUCUUUGUCAGAACAGCUCUUGUUUUGGUGUUUGUGGACUUAACAAGUCAACGGGGUUGCAUAUGCGUUGGCAUUGGCAUCAUUUGCCUAGAUUGGUGGUGAUAGUUGGGUCUUCAGUGUUGGGGGUUUCGGUUAUUUUGCUUUGUGGGUGUCUUUGUAUGGUUAGAAAGGGGACACAGAAGCAAUCCAAGUCUUGCAUGGGGAAUCCGGAGCAGGAGGAUGAUCAUGCCAAUGUUGCUCUUAACUCUACUCCUUCUGUUGCUUCUUGUCCCGGGGCGCCUCAAGUUUUCAGGCUUUCUGAACUGAAGGAUGCUACUAAUGGAUUUAAGGAGUUCAACGAGCUUGGGAGAGGGAGUUAUGGGUUUGUGUACAAGGCUUUGUUGGCUGAUGGGAGAGUUGUUGCUGUGAAAAGAGCCAACGCUGCUACUAUUAUCCACACCAACAACCGCGAUUUCGAAACGGAGCUGGAAAUUCUCUGCAAAAUUCGCCACUGUAAUGUUGUUAACUUGUUGGGGUAUUGUGCUGAGAUGGGGGAGAGGUUGCUUGUUUAUGAGUACAUGCCUCAUGGGACGCUCUAUGAUCACCUCCAUGGUGGCCUUUCGCCGCUUAAUUGGAGCCUAAGGCUGAAGAUUGCGCUGCAGGCUGCAAAGGGUCUUGAGUACCUUCACAAGGAACUGGUGCCUCCUAUUGUGCACAAGGAUCUCAAGAGUUCAAACAUUCUUUUGGAUUCUGAGUGGGGAGCAAGAAUUUCUGACUUUGGACUACUUGCUUCUAGUGACAAAGACCUCAAUGGGGACCUAGAAAGCGAUGUUUACAAUUUUGGGAUUGUGUUGCUAGAGAUUCUGAGUGGGAGGAAGGCUUAUGAUAGGGAUUAUACUCCACCCAACAUGGUUGAGUGGGCAGUGCCUUUGAUCAAACAAGGGAAGGGUGCUGCUACAAUUGAUAGGUACGUGUCUCUUCCGAGAAAUGUUGAACCUUUGCUUAAGCUUGCGGAUAUAGCAGAGCUUGCUGUGAGAGAGAAUCCAAGUGAGCGUCCACCUAUGUCAGAUAUUGCAUCUUGGUUGGAGCAAAUUGUGAAGGAUGGUUUGAUCUUAUAGCAUUAGUCAUGCAUGACCCUGUGAGAAACAUGUUUUGAAUUUUGAUCCAUCACCAAUAUAUCUUUUUCAUAAAAUUCUGUGAGUAAACGCUCUUCUGCCAUUGUAAAUUGUUGAGUUUGCUGUAGAUUGCUUAUCUCCUUUGUAGUUCUUUGGGUUUACUUUUCCUAGUCUUCACGAAGUGAAGGACAUGGCAUUAUUGAAACAUACACAGUUGUUUCCA